GGACUGGGGUCUUUGCUUGUUGGCUUUCCAUUCCAAUCUCUGCUUCACCUCCGUUGGUCGUCUCCCCUGUUUUCCCGUCCCAAACCUCUCCCCUUCCUAACGAGACGCGGCGGCCACCUCGAAGCCCGACCCAGGCUUGCUGUCCUAUGGAAGAAGGCAGUGACUAUUAUGUUGUUAGGAAAGGGGACAUGGUUGCCGUUUACAGAAGUUUAAAUGAUUGCCAGGCGCAAAUUUGCUCUUCGGUAUCUGGUCCUGCUGCAAGUGCCUACAAGGGUUACUGCUGGAGCAAAGAAAAGGCAGAAUACUUUUCUUCACAUGGACUAAGCAAUGCUUCGUAUACAAUCAGUGCAGCUGAACUUAGGGAAGAUUUAUUGGGUGCCCUUGUGCCCUGCACUUUCCAGGAGAUAACUGCUAGUAGUUCAAACCAACGAGCUCCAAAUAUGUCCGCCAUAGGCAGUGAUAUAAGAUAUCAACCUGGCAUCCAUAAUGAUAUAAAAUAUGAGCCUGGGACACAACCUGUGGAUCUGCAUUAUAGUGCCACUGGAUCUGGUCAAGCUCAAGGUUACUCAGACCAGGCGCAUGCAUUUAGCGGGCUGGAAGCCAAACCAAGGUCCUCCAGUUAUUCCUCACCAAAUAACCUUAACCACACUGGAGCUUUUGAUGCACAACCUGUCUCAAAACAAUAUAUGGUAUGUGUUGUUCACUUUGAUGGUGCUUCAAAAGGAAACCCAGGAAAAUCAGGUGCUGGAGCUGUACUGAUGACUGAAGACGGAAGAGUGAUAUCUCGACUCCGUGAGGGUCUUGGUGUUGCUACCAAUAAUGUUGCUGAGUAUCGGGGCCUUAUCUUAGGCCUGAAAUAUGCCAUCAGGCUUGGAUUCAAGAGAAUCAAAGUAUAUGGUGACUCUCAACUAGUCUGUUAUCAGGUGAAAGGUACAUGGCAAGCAAAGAAAGAGAACAUGAUGGAACUGUGCAAAGAAGUGAGAAAACUUCAAGAGAACUUCAUCUCUUUUGAGGUCCACCAUGUGCGACGGGAAUGGAACUCUGAGGCUGAUCGCCAGGCAAACAUAGCCAUCACUCUCGCAAGCGGCGCGGUUUCUGAGGAGCGUGGCGAUGGCUUCUGAGCUUCUGACAGUAACCUUGUCCGACUAUAACUAGUCUAUGUAUUUAGUUAACAGUAUUCUACCCUAAAAAGAAGUUAAUGGUAGUCUGUGUUGGAGUGGUUAUCUGUGUCCAUUUUCUUGUAUUUGAACUUGGUUCUCUGUCUCCAGUUGAAUGUGUUGCUUAUUACUGGUUGGGCCUCUUUUGGACAAUCAGGUGGUUU